CUCGUGGAGUCUUUAGGGUUUUCUGUGUAUAGUAUCAUAUCAUCUGCAAACAGGGACAGUUUAACUUCUUCAUUACCAAUUUGGAUGCCCUUUUUCUUCUUUUUUAUUCCUCAUAUUGUUGGUUUCAAGAUCAUAUUACUUCUUUUUUAGAAAUGUCUAGCAAAGUCAGCCCUUCUUUUCCAUCCUCCUUGUUCCUGUGUAAGGCAAGGUCCCCAUCGUCUCUUGGUGGAACCAUUGCAAUACACUCGUCUUUGUACUUCUUCAUGCCAAUUUAACCCCAAUCCCAGAUCAUUGUCAUCUCCAUUGGUUUUUACCCAUGGCUGCACAUUAGUCAUUUGGGAUUUUAAAACAUACUGAGGCCUGGGCCCCAUGCCCAGAAAUGGAUUUAAUUGCCAGGGCAGAGCUCCAGCAUCAGCAUUUUUAAAAGUUUUCCAAAGGGUUCUACUGUGCAUAUCCAGCGAUGACAACAGCUGCUCCACUUUGUCAGCAUGGUUAGUUUUCAAUAAAACAUAUCUGAUAUGUCAUUCUACUGCUUCAGUAUCUCUCUUAGCUCCAGGUCAUUCGUUGGAUUAAUUCCAGACUCCUAGUUCAGCUUAUAAGGCCUUCACAGUUGGAUACUAACCACUUUUCCAGCAUUAUCUCUGGCUACUGCUUCUCCAUACACUAACAUGCCAGACAACAGGAAUAGCUUGCCCCUCCUGGAACUCAGAAUAAAUCAACCAAACCAAACCCCUUGCUAUUGAGUUGAUUCCGAUUCAUAGCAACCCUGUAGGAUAGAGUAGAACUGCCCCAUAGGGUUUCCAAGGAGCAGCUGGUGGAUUCAAACUGCCAGCCUUUUGGUUAGCAGCCGAGCUCUUAACCACUGUGCCACCAAGAGUCCAGAACUCAGAAUGCCCCUUAAUUAUUCUAUGCCUUUGCAUAUACGGUUUCUCUCACCUAGCAACCCCUUCAAGAGUAUCACUUCUAUUGUAAAACCUUUUCUGCUACACAGAAUUUUACAGUUUGCCUUUGUACUUGUUUAUCUUGCCCUGCUAGGACCACAGCUGUCCAAUAGAACAUGCUGUGAUGAUGAAAAUGUUCUAUACCUAUGCUCUCCAAUAUGGUAAUUACAAGGCACAUGUGGCUUCUGAGUGCUGGAAAUGUAGCUAGUGCAACUGAGGAAAUGAAUUGAAUUUUUUAGUUUGAGGUGACUUUAAUUAAUGUAAAUUUAAAUAGGUACAUGUGGAUAGUGAAUACCAUACUAGACAGCACAGUUUUACACUUUGAGCCCCUCGAGGGCAGGGGCCAACUUUUCUUCUUAUUUAUAUUCCACAUGGCACAGAGUAGUGUGCAUAAAAAUUUGCUAAAUGAAUGAAUGAUGUAGGAAAUUGUAUGAAAAAUCUUCGUCUUCUCUAGUUCACAUACCUACACACACAUACAAAUAAAAGUCCUACAUAUGCAUAUAACACAUACUAUCACAUUGGACUCUCACACAGAUCUUAUUACCCCAUUUUCCAGAUGAAGAAAUUAAGGAUUAGAGAAGUUAAGUGACUCAGACAAGUCAUAAUCAUGAAAACCAAGAUCCGCUUAUGUUUCCCACUUAGCUUUAGUCACAUUGUAAGCAGGAUAUUUCUUCUGAUAUUUUUAGUUCUGAGUCUCUAAAAAUCUGAAUCCCAGAGAGAAUGCUCUAUAACCUUACUCAUUUUAUGUAGUCAGUCUAGUCAUUUCACGUUACCAGCAGUUGGCUUUUAUCUUUUGGUCACUUAAGUGAUGCCACUUCUUGUGUUUGGGGACUGUUGCUGGCUGGUACCAGGUUUCUUGUUUUAACUCCAUUACCAAAUCUGCCAAAGAUUAGAGGUCACUGGAUUGACCUAUGACAGCUUUUUCUUCCACAGUGUUUUGAAGACUGGCUGUAAAGUUUGAGUCGCACUAGGUGGGAUACAUGAUGAUGUUAUUAAAGCUGAAGUUAAGCAGACCACGGGUCUAGAAGAGGGAAUGGCAUUACGGUUCAUCUAAGACCUUAAUGCAGAAUUGUCUUAUAACCUGAAAGCUUUCUUGUGCAGAGUCUAAAUUAGGGCACGGUUAGUAGGGGGAGGGGAGGGUAAUUACAUUUUUGGUGAAUAGUGAAUCUCAAUUCUUAUUUAUAAGAAGUCUAUUUGAUAAAAUUCUUAUAGCUUCCUCACUCAUUCUAUUUCCUUUGCACCGUAUUAUGAACAGUUAGGUGAUUUUACUUCAAGGGAACGUAAGGAUUUUUGUUCAAAUUAUAUUUCAGUCAUUCACAUAAAUAUCAGCCUCUAUACCUUUCUCUUAUCUUCAGAGGUGUGAACAAAUACUAUGCAGACGUGAUCUGCUUGACCUUCUGUUGCUGCACUUUGGUGCAGGGAGAGUAACAGACGGAGAAGAGCUGGUUUUAUGAAGGAACCAAAGAAGGCAAAAUUGUUCUCGUUAACUUUGUUUACUAGAAGUCAUCAACUUUACAUUAUUAAUUCAGAAAGAUUUAUUAAGUGCCUCUUAUAGAGCAGGGACAUGAGUUAACAAGAGAAAGCAUUGGUUAAACAGACCAUUAUAAUAAAAUGGAAUUAUACCCAUAUUAGGACAAGCACUCUGUGGAAACGCAGCAAAUAACAGAGGCAUCAAGCUCAAGAGAGGUUAGAGACAGCUUCUUGGAGGAAGUGACAUUUAUGCCUGAGUUAUGUGGGAUGAGUGAGACUUCCCUAGCUGAAGAGGGGGCAGAGCGAUCCAAUGGUAGGCAAGAGCUGUGCAAAGAGUGUAUGGUGCAUAUGAGCAUCUUUUGAAAUCAGGAGUGGCAGGAAGGUGACCAGAAGACUAGGCAGAAGGCUACCAGAAGGCCAGGCAGGGGCCAUAAUCAGGAAGAGUCUUAUGAGUAUCUUUGGACACUUCAACUUGAACGUCUGGACCUUAGGAACCUAAGAAAUUUUUAAGCAGGGAUAAAACAUGCAUCUGGGAAACACGUGACAUUCAGCAUCCACAUAAAUUUUGAGAUGCAUCCCAAUGUCAAAAAUAUUAAGAUGUAGUGAGGGAGGCUACGUGGGAGUAGAAAAAAUUUUGUAAAUUUGCAGUUGUACAAGAUUAGUUUGUCUUCCAUAUGGGUGGGUUUGUGGAAAGCAAAUCCAAAGGCUUCUAGAAGGAGUCUUGAGAAGGCAAAACGCAGGACUCCAGGCGAGGUGCUCUUGUGUGGGCUAGUGAGUCUCCGGAGGGAUAUAGGAAAGAGAGUAGAAGGGAUUUGAUUGUUAGAUGUGGUGGAAGAGGAGUAUAAGGUCCUCCAAAUUGGGACUUCAUUAACUGGAUGGAUGGUAGUAACAUUCAUUGAGUGAAGGACCACAGAAGGAGAAGCAGGUUGGAGGAGAAGAUGCUGCUGAAGGUGGCAGAUAUAAUGCAGGGUCAAAGUCACAGGAAGAACACUGGAGAAGAGAACUAUUUGAGAAGGACAGAAGGUCAGCCCUGCCAGAUGGAACCAAUGGUCCAAGUCAGAAGGGACUGAAAACUGAAUGACCUUGUCUAGAGCGGUUUCAGUGAUGUGCUGAGGACUGACAUACAUGUGGAAGUGAAUAAGUGGAGACCCUGCGUGUAGACAACUCUUUUCGGAAGUUUCUUAAAGAGAGGAGAAAGAAGAGGGUAGUACCUGCAGGGGACAUGGGGUUGAGAAAAUAAUUUGUUUAUUUUGUUUCAUAACUGAACAGAAGUUACAGGGUCUUACCAGAAUCUCUUACUUAAACCUUAUUUUAAAAAAAAACUAUAUUUCAGAACUUUAGAUGCCUUUCUAGCUAGCAGUGAGUUAGUAGCAAGUUAGAAGUUCUUUGGAGGUAAGGAUAGAAGCUUCUGGAAGCCAGCAAGUAGGAGUAUACCAGGCUCGAUUGUACCUGACAGAAACCUUUAAAGAGAAGACCCACAAAACAAAAAUGACAACCUCAUCACAGUGAUCUGGGGGCUUUUUGUUAUAAAGAGAAUUAGCCCCUCCCAGCUUAGAAAGCUCUGAAGUCGUUGUAGUAUAAAGCAUGCAGUGAUUAUUGGAAGUAUAUGUAUUUGAUAAAGAUUUCCAUCGAAAUGUGAAGGCAAAACAAGUUGUGAGCUAAAGCCAUCAAGUGGUUUUCUAGAAAAUUCACUUAAUGGCACUAUCAUGUCCCCCAGUACCACCAUGCAAGUGCAGCCACUUUUAAGUGUUUCUGCCCUCUUUUUGAAUACCAUGUAAUUCUCCCCUUUUUAUGAAUGUCCUCCUCACCCCUAAAUUUGUGUGCUUUCCUAAUGGAACAUGUCUUUACACUCAGGGACCAUGUUAAUUUACAGUGUAUUUUGGUAUUCCAGCAAGUGAAAAAUGGGGAGGUAAUACGACUUCUCUUUGUUUUACUCUGAAGAGAUUUUUACUACCAGGUCCUUGACAUCUUCCACCUUAGUUUAUCUCUAAUUUAUCUUUAACUGGAACCAUUUUGUCCAUUAGCUCUAUUCUAAUCACCCCUCAAAAUGGUCAGAUUUACAAGCAACACAUGACAGAGAAAACACGAAAAAUCAGCCAGCCUCUCCUGACAUUCGCCAGCAGCGUACGUCCAAACACUGGAAAAGUUUAUUUGCUUUCUCUGAAGAUGUGCUAAGUGAUUGUGCAGUUUGAGUGGUAUGGUCUUGUAGCACUUAGGCCUGCAUUUAUUUAAUAAAUUUGUUCUCUAACUCAAGUGUUAAGUAUGUAUUAUGAAACCCCAAAGCCAAUUUCGGUGAUUGCAAUGUGCAAAUAUUUUUUAAAUUAUGUAAUUAAAUAGGACUUGGCCUGCAAGGCCUUCUGAAGUAAUUUAUUAAUUGAAUAGUCUGAUUUAAUUGUAUGUUGUUUUCGUUUGUCCAGGGAAGUGCCUAUAUCUCUUGCAGAGAGGGGAAUCUCCCCUGUGCUUUAGCCCCCAGUUAAAUAUUAACCCAAAAGAGGCGACUUGCUCCUUUUGUCCCUAAAACUCUGGGUUGAUGUCUCAGUCUGGUGAAUUUAAAGGGGGGAGGGGGCAACUUGCUGGGUAGAAUUAUUUGUAAUUCACUCUGUUUAUCACUACAUUAUUUGAAAAUGAAUCACUCUAAAAUCUCUAUUUGUCUUAAUUGUGCCAGUGUACACGGCCAUAUGAAGCAUGUGAACAAAAAGAAAAACCCUUUUAAUUCAAUGCUAGCUACAUCUAGCUAUUGCUAAAGCCACGCCGUAUCUGUUUCCUUCAAAUGUCAUUUUAAAGGUAUUGUGGUUUCAGAGCAGCAGCUGUGACUGAAAAGUAUGUAAACUAAGCUGUUCUUGCUCAUAUCAUUUUUAUAUUCUUAUGUCAGACCAGAAGGCUGCUUUAAAUUUAUUUUUUAUUGUGUAUUAGUUCUAGAGCCUGUUUUUUUUGUUUUGUUUUGUUUUGUAUUUUUUUCUUCCUUGGGAACAUAUGUUCUUUGGGAUGUGUUACACUCAAGCACUUAAGAAAAUAACAAUUGUAGGGGAAAAAAAAGAUACCAAAAUAGUUCCUUAUUUGAGUAUUGUAGUUGGGGAAAGAUUACUUCAAAAAAAAUUAACUUUCACCAAGUAGAAUUUGGCGGCCUAGCAUCUAUGUUUUAGGAAAGAGAGAAUGGAGACAUACUGUACUAAGUCAUGUGAAAGGCAGUAACUUUGAGCAGCCCAAAUUGCAUUCCCAAAAGGAAAAUAUUUUUCGUUGCUAUUAAAUAUAGUUUAUAUUGCUACUUCAGAACUUUUUUUUUCUUCCAGUGGGGCCAUUUACUUAAAUUCUUAGUUAAUAUUUCUAUAUAGAAAAGUCUUUGUCUCUGGAGCCCGCCCCUGUGAAUUCCCAUUUAAUAUGCGGUUGUGGGUAAGUAUUUAUUCAUACCAUGCGGUACCCCACACCUGAUCAGGUGGCAGCGUGGCGUCACGUCAGCCAGCAAAAAUGUUUGAGUAACUUUUGAGUAAUGGUGGCAGGGAAGGCAUGGAGGGUUGAAGGAGACAAUAGUAGAAACGUUUUUUUCUUUCCUCUACCCUUUCACCAUGUGUAACGCCUGGUCUUUCCUGUGGACGUUUGGAAUGCAGGAUAGAAAAGUCCUCCUUUUUCUAAAAGGUUGUAAAAGCUGAGUAGAAAGUAUGAACUCCUAGAAUUUCCAUGGUAAAUAUAAUUUGAUUACAUGUUUUGGUCUUUCCCUUAGAGCUCAGGAUUUCACUUGGAGAGUUGUUUCACAGUGAUAUGUAUUUUUUGCCCCCCAGCUUUUGGAAACAAAUUGAGCCCUAACAAGUUGCCCUAAGAAGGUUCCAGUGAUUUGCCUCAUUACUGCAGGCCCCCAUGUGGGUGCCCAAGUGAGGAAGUAAAUUGGGGAGGAAGGCGGAUCCCUUGUGAGCCUGCUGAUCUGAUUGUCCCAGCUCUCCUGUCUCUUGCUGGGCCCUGUAUGGGCCUGGCUGAGCCUGGGGACGUGGCCUCCUCCAGGGUGUGAACUGUCCUUGGCUGUCCUUGUGUCGUAGUCUUGGGAAAGGAACUGUCAGGAAAGCCGGAUGAGGGUCAUAUUAGAUACAGGUACAGCACAGGCAUUGGCCAACCAAGGAGGGACCUAGCUAUAGCACCAGAACAGAGCGCUGGGGGCCCCCUGCUGUGCCUUGGUGGAUCCUGGGAAGAUCAGGGUAGUGGCCCAGGGUGUACUCAGAAGACUUUUGGACAACGGACAUUUCCCAGCCAGUACAAGAUUAUUUCAGUAUUUUAACAACCUGCUCAGAUGCAUCACUGUGUAUCAACUGAAUGUCAUCUCUGAGUGCCUCCUCAUUUUACCAAUCAGGAGACUGGGGUUAGGAGAGGGGAAGGAACUUACCCAAUUCCAGCUGAGUUACUGGUGGCUCCAGGAAUAGAACCACAGUCUCUUACCUUCUAAAGAAAUGCUCUUUCAACUUCACUUUGCUGCCUCUUAACCAAGGUGUGGAAAUCUCUCCUUUUCCACUUACUUUAAACCAGAGUUGAUUAAAAGGAAUUUUCUUAGAAGCAAAACUGAGAGGAAAAACAAACAAAACAAGAUGCCUGGAGCACUGAAGUGGAUGACUUUAGGGAAGGAAGUUAGCUUGUUUAGAUUAGAGCUGCAGAUGCACCGGGCUGGCACAGUUUAUGGAACGCUUGUGACUAGUGCUUCCAUUCUCCUGCCUCUUUGCUGUUCCAGGGACCCUGCUCCAAAAUCUGUUUUACAUGAUUCACGUUUCCAGCUGCCAUAAUCUCUAGUCAUUGCUUCUCCACGUUUGUUGGGAAUUGGAAGCUCUUAUCCCUGCUUAGGAACCCACCACCUGGAUGACCUCAGAGUCACAUGCUAAAUCGAUUCCCCUUGAGGGAGUGCGUUGACUAGACCCCUCAAAGUCACCUUUCAGCUCUCAAAUGUUUUCCGUUCUUCUCUUUCCUCGGAAUUUUUCUUCUUCUAAGCUAUAUUCCUCCACCUAAGAGUCUGGGUCACAUAACUGGUGGAGAAGAAAUCUGAAUGUUCGUUACGAUGUCUUAGUUUCUUAGUGCUGCUGUAACAGAAAUACCACGAGUGGGUGGCUUUAAUGAACAGAAGUAUAUUUUCUCACAGCUUAGGAGACUAGAAGUCUGAAUUAAGGGCACUGGCUCUAGGGGAAGACUUUCUCUGUCCAUUCUGGAGGAAAAUCCUUGUCUCAGCUUCUCUAGUAUUCUUCUCAGCGUUCCUUGAAGAUCUCCACAUGGAAUCUAUCUUCCCCCUACUUGUGCUUGCUUCUCUGUGUCUCAUCUGCUCUUUUUAUAUCUCAGAAAGUGAAUAGGUUUCAGACACACCCGAUACUGAUAUGACCUCAUUAACAUAUUAAGAAAACUUUAGUCCCAAAUCGGAUUACAUCCACAGAUACUAGGGUUAGGAUUCAAUCCAUAACGUGACAAUCUUUGUAGUGAAUCCCCAAGCCUUUCUUUGGGGGAAGGCCUUGUCUUUUGUCUUUGGCAAACAUUGGUCAGAGAACUUUUGGUAAAAUAAAUCUCCCACUUCCUACUUUGAAUGAGGUUUGUGCCUUUCGUUUAUUUUUAUUAUUACUGUUAUUCUUACUGACAAAGUUUUAUGGUGUGACUGGGUGCAGGUUCUAUGGGCUUUUCCCCAGCCCCACUGAAGAAGCUCAUGAAAGAUUGUAUGGCAUGGAAAAGUGCCUUAGCAAUUAAAUACAAACCUGGUUCAUAUAAAUUGGCUUGUUUCUAUAUGGAAAAUAUGAGCCCCCCAUUUUUUUUUUUUAAAUGGACCAGGUGUGGAUUAGUUCACUGAACCUUUCACCCAGCUGUAUUCCCGCUUGUAAUUCUUCUGAGGCACAGUUUAGCCAAGUCAAAGAAACAUGUUAUUAAAGGUGAGCUGAAAGGCAUUUAAAAAAUAAACUGUUUAAGAUCCCUAAAUCAGUAACAGAAUCUAUAUGCACAGACUUGAAUAGUACAAGAAAGUGUGUUUCAAUACCUUUGGGUUCCAGACUGGAUUCUUCUCCUGCCUUCUUUGAAGAUCUCCCCCAAAGUCCUUGUUGGUCAUUGGCAGGACAAGCAGCCAACGCUGAGCUUGGAUUGUAGCUCUUCUGUAGCUAAUGGCUUGCCCUCCACGGAGGUAGGUAAGACCCCAAUCUUAAAUCUACAAUUCUCCAGCCAAUACUGAGGGAAGAAAGAAGUACUUUGAUUUCAUUUUAGAACCAUAGUCUUAAGAAGUUGAAAGUCUGGUACGCAUUCUCUUCUUUUUUCUAGCCUGUACCAUGGCAGGUGAGGAGAUACUAUUAGCAACUUGUAGAGAUGGCAGAAAUGAGGUGUAGGCAGUUUUAGAUUUACUUAAGUUAUAUUAUCCUUGAUCGUAAUAACAGCGGUUAUUGUUUCCUUAUCACUCAGUAGGUGCCAGGCACUAUUCUAAGCACUUUAUCAGGUUAAUGCAUUUAUUUCCCAAAACCAAAUUAUGUACUAUUAUUAAGCCCAUUUUUUAUAGAUGAUCACACUGAGCGACAGAGAACUAACUUGCCCGAGUUCACAAGGCCAGUAGGCAGCAGAGCUGAGAUUUGAACUCCAGCCCUUGAAUCUGUGCUCUCAAGCUCUGAAUUGUGCUAGAAUAAACGAUCCAGUGCAGUAUUACAUAACACACAGUUCUAAAUGAGACAGUCCGGGGUGGCAUUAAGAAACCAAGAUAUUUGUCCUACAAAACCCUCAGCCUUGCCUGCGUGUCCAUUUUCCCCUAACUUUCCACAGCUUUUCUGUUUUCUUUGUUUUUGUAUCAUGGCCUGUUUCCAGCUAAGGCAUUGGUUUUCAGUCAUUUGCACGCUAGUCCGCUGCUUGUCUCUUGAUUAUCUUAAACUUCCAUUUUGAUUGUGGAAUUGUGCAAAGGCAUUUUCCUAUUUAUAUAGUAAUUUCAAAUAGGUGCAGGGAGGAAGAAGGACUUUAGGUCUGGGUCUUCCUGGCCCACGUUUAUACCACAUAAACAGCUCUUUCCAAGAGGAACUCAGAGCCCAAGUUCUUGAUAGUGGAUGCAGGGUCUUUUCAGAAACUUACACGUAGCUUGAAAGAAUUACCCCCCACCUCUACCCGGCCUGCUUUACAUGACAGCAAAGGGGGCAAGUUCAGACAACAGUUCCAUCUCCUGCACUUUUGAGUAGCUUUGCUUCGCUGACAACCAUAUGCUGAGUUUGUCAAAGUCUGCAGCCGGUUGCAGCCACUCUGUUUUAGAAGCGUUAACUGGCUUUAUUGGGGAAGCAGCGUCAUAUAUGUGAACAGCCAGGCCAGGCUUCUGCCAAGGCCCUCUCCUCCUUAAUCAGGUUGUUGGGGGACCCAGGGAAGCUCUGUUGUCAUAAGGAUUAAAAAUCCCUUAACAUCAUUAGUAACUUAGCAUUCUAUAAGUAACAAAACCCUUCCUAGCAAAGGAGCCAAGAGGGUGGGCCACAGCUUGGGUCUAAAUUAUACGGGAGUUUCUGAGUGUGUUCUUCAUAGGAGCUUCGAGAAGCGGUGAGCUUCAGAAGAGCCUAGCGUGGGGUCAAAGUUGAGAGUAGAAGGGAGCUGGAAUCUGCAAAUGUCAGGGAAUUCAGGAAGAGAGGCAUGGGAAAGGAAAUGGGAAGAAAAGGUGCCAGGAAAAGUUGCCUCAUCACUUGGUGUUUCUCUGGUGGCCAAAAGGUAAAUUUCUACUUUUGAGUCACUUGCAAGCCCCGUCUGCACAUAGCUGCCAAAUGUUUGCAGUUUCAGGACUAAUAAAGUAGGGACGUGUUUAAUACUGGGAGAGCAUUAUUUUUAGGGAAGGAUUGAUUGUUGGAGGUUUUUCCUGACUAUGUAAGUUGAUUCAUUCAUGAGUGUCUUCUUUUCUGGGUCAAUGUUCCCACAAGAAAAUUUAGCUGUAGAGCCACUCAGAUGCUUCUCUUGGUACCCUUGAGUGUUAGCCAUUGUACAUGUUGCAGCAGGAAUGGAGGUACUGGAGUAAGAUAAAAUAGUAUUUUUGUUCAACUCCCAUUGUUAUUCAUGUAUAUUUAUUGAGCACCUACCAUGUGUAGCUACUGUUCUGUACUGGGAUAUAGCAAGCAAGACAGAUAUGUUUGGAUAUGUUGUCCCAAACUGAAAUGCACAGUCAAAAUUAACAUGAUUUGUCUUAUCUGCUGCCUGAACUUGCCCCAAAAAGCCAAACAGAAUCCGUUCAGCUGCAGAUUGGAGUGGCCAGGAGCCAGAUGUGGCCACUGGGAGAAUAUCUUUGAAAGCUUGUCAUCUGGCUCCAGCUGUGCUAACCUAGCCCUGGUAGGCAGCCAUGUGUUAUGCCUGCCAACUGGGGGCCAGACACUAGUGCAGGCUUAAACAAUUAGCGGAUUCCCUCAUCUGGUGGCUGGAUUUGCUGUGUGUGUCCUACAAAUUACCGCUGCUGUCCACACUGGGAGCCUCUGUGGUCCUGGGCAGAAACGCCCAUAAGGGAACUGAAAGUCAGCCCCUCGAGAAACCAGGCAAAGCUUCCUUACCUGGAAUGUGGAAAGGGAUGCAGAGGAGAUGGAAAACCAGUGUCAGGGAGAAAAAAAACAGAAGCAAACCAGACAUGGCCCACAUUGUGUGAAAUCUUGAUUCCAAUCAAGAGCGUUUGCCCCGUCGAGAAGGGCUGCCUUCUAGCACGCCUCUGCAACAAAGCAAGUAGAGUUUGCCUGUGAUGAUGUCUUUUUUUCUUAUUUUUUAAAAAUUGUUGCCACUUUGUGAAAAGCACUUCUGACAACGUUUAUUGAUUUUACCCAAACAGAGGGUCUUAGUUACCUAGUGCUGCUUUAACAAAAAUUACCCCAAGUAGAUGGCUUUAAAGAGCAGAAAUCUGUUAUCUCACAGUUAUAAAAGUUCAGAUUGGGCUUGUGGCAACUUAUUUGUGUGUCUCUCUCCUGGUUUCUGAUUGCUUCCAACAAGCCUUGGCAUUUCUCUGCGUGGUGUUCCCCUGUGUGUGUGUCUGUCUGUCUGUUUUGCUCUUUUUAUAAGACACCACUUGGAAGUGAUUGGGUUUAGGACCCACACUACUCUGAUAUAACCACAUUAACAUAACAAAGGAGAAGCCCUGUUUCCAAACAAGGUCAUAUUUACAGCUACAGGGGUUAGGACUUCCACAUUUCUUAUUGGGGGACACAAUUCAAUCCAUAAUACAGAGGGUUUCAUUAAUGUCUUAAUGGAUACUUAAAGAUGAGACAUAACUUUCAGAUACCUGUUUUAUUUGCCUGCCAAAAUAAGUCUAUAAAUAAAUAAAAUGCUUCAGCACACCUGUGUGUCGAAGAUUUUUUUAUAAACUGUAGGGUUCCUGGUUUAACUUUUCCAGGCAGUCCCUGCUAUCAUACCGGAAGAUAGUGAUUUUGAUCAUCUGUGUAGUUGCCCAGUAAAUGUUUGUAGAAUGCGUUGAAUAAGUAAAAAUUCCCAUGAGCUUGCUGACCUUCAAGGCUGAUGAUUGAAUGAAUACAGUUAAAAAAACCCACAAACACUAGUGCAGUUAUUUCAAGUAAUAAAUGGGGGAGACAACCUACAAUUUUGUGUCCCCCACCCCGAAAAAGUAAAGGUUUUAAUUGGAAUAAUUUUAGGAUUCUUUUUCAGAUGCCCACAUAUAACAGAAAACACAAGAUGGUAGAGAUUAAGGUUUGGAAGGAGGCUUCUUUUGAGAGUGAACAGAUAUGUCCACGUGAGAAAAUCUUUACCACAAUGAGGCUCUUAGUGGUUUUUCAAAUAAGUUCCACUCUGAAUAAAUGACAAUGACAACAAAAACCCCGAAAUAAUCACUGAAGUGGGGAAAAAUUUAAAGAUCCUAGUUGAUGUGUAAAAAUCAACUUUUGCAUUCUAACUGCAUUGUGUAAAUUUGCUGCACGGGAAGAAUAAGCGAAGACAUUUGGUUUUAUGGCAUUGGUGUGGGCUGGCUAAGGGGGUGGGGGAGAAAGUGGAGGCAUUGAUAUAGUAUGAGGAGAGCCAGAUGGUUGCAUUACACAUCUUUUGUGUUCUUGUUUGCUUCUUAAAGCAGUUGCAGAAUUUUGCCCUUGGCGAUAUUUUCUUCGUGCUUGUGUGUUCUGCUAUGAAUUUACUUUUGUCAGAGUCCUUUGAAAGAAAAGCCCUGCUCUUAAAGAAAAAAACAAAAAACAAAAUUUUUUUUUCCUUACAUUAUAAACUUGUGAAAUCAACAGGGUGUUCAUAAAAAUAUUUUUUAAAUGUUAAGUAUGUUAGUAAAUAACAGGAAGAUCAGCUUUUCUUUUUUCUUAGCACAGUGAUUUUAAACAUUUUAUGUCAAUUCAGGGAAAAAUUUGUAUAAAAGUAUGAAUAUUGGAAUUGAUGAUGAGUGGGUAGGUAGAUAAAGAGAACAGUUACACUGUUGUUACAGUAUCGAUGAGGUUUAUCAGAUUAGAAAUUUAACUUUUUCCCUUACUCAUAGCAGGUUCUCAGGUUGUACUUUACCUAUUGUGUUUUGUCAACAAGUCUGAGUCGGUGGUAAUAUUUAAGUUAAGUGACAGCGGGUUUGGAUAGGUUGAUGGUUUUUGCCUGGGUGUAUGGUUGAUAAUUAGAAUUGCCUAUCACACCACCAUCAAAAUUUAUAUUUAUUUCCUCCUAGGAGCAAAUUACAUAUUGAGAUCUCCACAAAGCAUAUUUAAGGUGCCCUAAAUGCAUAUAGGGAAUGAGAGUUGAUCACCGAAUGCUUUUAAUAAGGAAUUAUUUUAGAACUAUUUUUUGGUGGUAUGCAUCAGAAUAAUUCAGUGUCCUUUCCACAGUCCCAGUUUAUCUUUUCAUUUUAACUUGCCCAAACAGGCGAAGAGCACAAAUGUAGGGUCCUUGGGCAAUGGUUUAUUCUCCGGUUGUGCACACAUUUCCAGUUUUAGUUGGAACCUACAGUCCUUGAUGAGAAAACAGGAAACUUAGAGUCCUAACCUUAUUGAAAUCUUUGCCUGGCUUAGUCACAAGUCUGAGACGACUCCUUCCAAUAAUGAAGCCAUUGUACGCAUCAUAUCUGAUCAGUUCUUGAAAUGUUUUAGUAAGUCUAUCUUACAACAUUAUAAGAAGAUAAUCAGCAGCCUUAGAAGGUCCCCAUCUGGACUGUAGAGUUCUUUUACUGAAAGAUGUUUUGCCUUUUUGAGAUAGCUCUAGCGUUUCAUCAUCUGUUCCGCCGAGAUGAAGUGCAUAUGAAAAGUCAGUGACUCUGAAUCCAUCUGUUGUUAUUAUUUUCCACUGAUAAUUGGCUUGAACAAUGAAAUGUCUGUGUCUGCAGCCUUUGAAACUGUACACCCUGUUUAUUUUCUGGAGGUCUCACUGCAACUACUCCCCACCCCCCAUUCUUCCCCCUUCCAUUUUCUCUCGAGCUUACAGCAAGUGGUGCUCGUGUGAGGAUGACAUCUCUGACUCUCUGCAUCACUAUGUGUCACUCAGCAUCUAAAGCUUGCGUACAGAUUUUUGUCACAAUCCCCAUGUUUGUGCCGUGUGCUCCGGUAUCCAGCACUCUCUCAGCCAGACUUAGCGGGGCCACAAUGCAUGAAUCCCUUACCUGGAAUGUCGUCUUUAUUUCACUGCCCUCAUUAAAAUAUUAAUUUAGAGGACAGUAUCUAAUACCUAUGGAAUUAGAUACUACCUAUAAUUGUAUAAUAUAUUCAGUUGCAUCCAGGUUUGCACGAUACAGGGCAUUAAUAUUGGAUUCCACUAACAGCACUUCCAUUAGCUUGCUCAACCAGUAUGAGAUAUAGAUGAGCUGGGAAGCAUAACUACCCGCCAGAACUGCCAAAACAGUCAUUAGAAGCUCCAUUGGGAUGGACAAAGGCUUUUUCACAGUGAUAUACUGAUUAAAUUUUGUUCUAUGGUUUAUUUGCAUCAAGGUUAGAUCACUAUCAUCUAUGAAGCGGAUUAUCUAACACCUUCUUUGAAAGGUCAUUUCGAGUGAGCAAUACAUACAUCUUUAGUUUCUUGUGGGAACCCCUCUUAGAGAACCUGUGGGUUUUUUUUUUUUUAAAUAUUGGGGGGCUUUGGGAAUAUUUUUAUUAUGUUUUUCUUUUCUCCAGGAUAUGCCAUAAUAGAUGUUUGAGAUGAAUUUCUGUUUAUGUGUUUGUAAAAAUUUUAAACACUCUUCAGUAAUGUUUUUUUUUUACUUUUGUGGCAGAACACUGUGGCCAGAAAAGAGAGUAGUGUUAAUGAAACAAAGUUGCUUUUGAAAUAGAAAGCCAUCUUAUUUCCCUUGGCUAGGAUGAUAGUGAUGCAUUCUCCGGGGCUAUGAAGAAUCUGUGUGACCUACCCUUUUUAGUCCAAUUAAGAAUGUAGACACAUCCUAUACAAUAGCAGUGCUGGGUUUGCCCCCAAAGUACUAUGUGGCAUUAAAAAAAAGUAGACAACCAUAAUCUUAUUUGUGUUUCAAUCAAAAUCAUUUAAUGCUGCAAAAGUUAUUAAAAAAUAAGUUACUAAGACCAACAUGUAGCUGGAACCUGCAGUAAGAGGUCAUUGUGAGCUGACUCCAUAAGCUGGGAAAAGGCAGUAGGGAAUUCCGAAGGCCCGCAGGCUUUCCUUCUUGCUUAAAUUCCUGGGUUCUAAGGACAAAUUACGUUGAAGUAUGGCAUAUUUUCUGCCGAAAUGGAGAAAAUUGUUGACUGUAAUUAUGUUAUUUAAUUGAAAUUAUAAGUGGUUGAGGCCACACAGUUAAAAGCAUCCUUUAUCAUAUAUGGGUAAUGUUUUGAAAUGAGUGUUCAUGGAUUAGUGACAUUUGAAAGGCAGGCAUUUGGGCUAUAUUUUUGGAAAACUCAAAUUAUUUUCCUUAAAUGAUUAGUGGGCUAAAAUGUAUAGUUAAGUAGCAGUUUUUUUUCUUUUGGUUUAUUCUUCACUAGAUUAUGUGUGAGUAAUGUGUACAUGCGCAUAUAUGCCUGUGUAUAUAUGUAUAUAAAUUUUAUACAGGUAUAUAUACCUGUAUAAAAUAUAUCUUUCUAUAGAUACAGACUCAUAAGGAUCAAUUUAUAAUGUGGCAAAGCAGAGAAAUGAGAGGUAUAUCUCUGACAUUAAAUUGUGACUAAACAAUGUGAUUAUUUAAAACUCUUAUUGAAUGUACAGAUUUAAAUACAGCCCAAGGUAAAACUCCACUGAUAUUUGGUUCUUUUUGGAGUCGCUGGAAAUACAACAAUAGCACUUCUCCCCAUGAGUAAGUUCUUAAUUACUAAUGAAUGCAAUUCAUUUUAAUUGUUAUUAUAGCAACAUAACAUUUAACUGUCUCCUGUUUAGUUGGUGUCCCCUGGAACAGGCGGUGCCUCCUGUCAGCUUGAGGACAGGUAGAAGGCACAGCAGGCGUCUGAUUGAGCCAGUUAUUCAUUUGCUGAGUGUUUGUGUUUAUGCAAAGGGGCCUCUUCCUGCAUAUUUAAUCUAGAGUAAGGCAGUGGCUUUUGUUGUGUUUAGCCCACAUACCUUCAGUCCUUCCUCACACUGCCGCCAGCCCCGGAGCCCUGAGAGCCAGCAGGCUUCCUAGCGCCUAUAGUUUCUCCCUCGCAAACUCAACUUUUUCCAUUGUGUGAAAAUUGCUUCUCUGGCCCCAAAGCUUCACCUCCUCACCAUGAAUCGGGUAAGACGUGACCUUUUGAGGUGACUAUAACUGAAGAUUGCUUUACAGAAGCCAAAAAAGGGUUUUGAGUCAUGAUGCAAGAAUCUGGGACUGAGACAAAAAGUAACGGUUCAGCCCUUCAGAAUGGGUCAAGCAGCGGCAAUCACUUGCUAGAGUGCGGCGGUCUUCGGGAGGGGCGGUCCAACGGGGAGACGCCGGCUGUGGACGUCGGGGCGGCGGAUCUCGCCCACAUCCAGCAGCAGCAGCAGAUGACACCGCUCAUUCAGUACUUCACUUCAAAGCAGAGAGAAGGCAUGGAUGACAGAGCUGGGAGCGAGAAUACAAAGGCACUUCAAGUGGCAAGACAGCUCCUUCUUCAGCAGCAGCAGCAGCAACAACAGCAGCAGCAGCAGCAGCAGCAGCAAGUUAGUGGAUUAAAAUCCCCCAAGAGGAAUGACAAACAACCAGCCCUUCAGGUUCCCGUGUCAGUGGCUAUGAUGACACCUCAAGUUAUCACUCCCCAGCAAAUGCAGCAGAUCCUCCAGCAACAAGUGCUGAGUCCUCAGCAGCUCCAGGUUCUCCUCCAGCAGCAGCAGGCCCUCAUGCUUCAACAGCAGCAGCUUCAAGAGUUUUAUAAAAAACAACAGGAACAGUUGCAGCUUCAACUUUUACAACAACAACAUGCUGGAAAACAGCCUAAAGAGCAACAGCAGGUGGCUACCCAGCAGUUGGCUUUUCAACAGCAGCUUUUACAGAUGCAGCAGUUACAGCAGCAACACCUCCUGUCUUUGCAACGCCAAGGCCUUCUAACAAUUCAGCCCGGGCAGCCUGCCCUUCCCCUCCAACCUAUUGCUCAAGGCAUGAUUCCAACAGAACUGCAGCAGCUCUGGAAAGAAGUGACAAGUGCUCAUAGUGCAGAAGAAACCACAGGCAACAAUCACAGCAGUUUGGAUCUGACCACGACAUGUGUGUCUUCCUCUGCACCUUCCAAGACCUCCUUAAUAAUAAACCCACAUGCCUCUACAAAUGGACAGCUCUCCGUCCACACUCCCAAGAGGGAAAGUUUGUCCCACGAGGAGCACCCGCAUAGCCAUCCUCUCUAUGGACAUGGUGUGUGCAAGUGGCCAGGCUGUGAAGCAGUGUGUGAAGAUUUCCCAUCAUUUCUAAAACAUCUCAACAGCGAGCAUGCGCUGGACGAUAGAAGUACAGCUCAAUGUAGAGUACAAAUGCAGGUUGUACAGCAGUUAGAGCUACAGCUUGCAAAAGACAAAGAGCGCCUGCAAGCUAUGAUGACCCAUCUGCAUGUGAAGUCUACGGAACCCAAAACUGCCCCUCAGCCUCUGAACCUAGUAUCAAGUGUCACACUCUCCAAGUCUGCAUCAGAGGCUUCUCCACAGAGUUUACCUCAUACUCCAACAACCCCAACCACUCCCAUCACUCCUGUCACCCAAGGCCCCUCCGUCAUCACCACCACCAGCAUGCACACGGUGGGACCCAUCCGCAGGCGGUACUCAGACAAAUACAAUGUGCCCAUUACUUCAGCAGAUAUUGCGCAGAACCAAGAGUUUUAUAAGAACGCCGAAGUUAGACCACCAUUUACAUAUGCAUCUUUAAUUAGGCAGGCCAUUCUCGAAUCUCCAGAAAAGCAGCUAACACUAAACGAAAUUUAUAACUGGUUCACACGAAUGUUUGCUUACUUCCGGCGAAAUGCAGCCACGUGGAAGAAUGCAGUGCGUCAUAAUCUUAGCCUUCACAAGUGUUUUGUGCGAGUAGAAAACGUUAAAGGGGCAGUAUGGACAGUGGAUGAAGUAGAAUUCCAAAAACGAAGGCCACAAAAGAUCAGUGGUAACCCUUCCCUUAUUAAAAACAUGCAGAGCAGCCACAGCUACUGCACACCUCUCAAUGCGGCUUUACAGGCUUCAAUGGCUGAGAAUAGUAUACCUCUAUACACUACCGCUUCCAUGGGAAAUCCCACUCUGGGCAACUUAGCCAGCGCCAUACGGGAAGAGCUGAACGGCGCAAUGGAGCAUACCAACAGCAACGAGAGUGACAGCAGUCCAGGCCGAUCCCCUAUGCAAGCCGUGCAUCCUGUACAUGUCAAAGAAGAGCCCCUGGAUCCAGAGGAAGCUGAAGGGCCUCUAUCCUUAGUGACAACAGCCAACCACAGUCCAGAUUUUGACCAUGACAGAGAUUAUGAAGACGAACCAGUAAAUGAGGACAUGGAGUGAAGGUCUGGGCGGGCUGACCCCCGAGGAGGAAGAUCGAAAAAAACAAAACCUGUCAAAAAUUAGCAGUGAAAGCGUUCUCCAUUUGUUGUACAGUCUGGAGGAUUUUCACUACAUUUUGACAACUCUGAAAUGUGUUAACUCUUAGUGCCAUCAAGAAUCCCAUUUGGGAGUAUUUUUGAUUUUUCUACUUUUUGUUGAAAAAAGGAAUUUGUACUCUGUGCAUUGGAUGGACUUGUUUGGUACUUGGGAUUUUCCUCUCUUUAACAGUCAACAUCAGUGUUGUAAAUUUGUUAAACUGAUUCACUUCUAGCAGCAGACUUUGAACUGCAGUCCUGCCGACAUUCGACACUGGGACACCGACUGAGCAUGUACACCUAAGCUGCAGACCAAGCCUUUGCCCAGAAUUUAAGGAUUCCAAUGGACGACCUAUUUGCACAGUACUGCAUGUUGAUUAUCACUGCCUUUACUCCAUUUUUUUUUUUUUUUUUUUUUUUUUUU